AAUAUGACAGGUCAGCAUGUGCUUUAUUUAGAGAAAGGUUGAAGGUGAGAUUUGGUCGGGAACAUAACAGGAUGCCUAAAUUAAAGCGAAAAGCUAAAAAUGAUGAGGAAGAUGCUAGUAAAGCCAAGAAAUCAUGUCAAAAUAAAGAGGCUGACAGCAACAACCAAAAAAUAGUGAAAAGCCCCGAUUUUGAUUCUAAAACAAUUCCGUCUGCUAACCCAGGACCAUCCAAGAAAGCAGUAAACUCUGGCUUUGAAGCAGAUAAAAGGCUUCCUGCAUUAUUUUAUAGAAAGUCUUGUUUGCAAUUAGCAAAGGAUCUUCUCGGACGAGUCCUUGUACGAAGAUGUCCCACCUCCGGAGAUCUUCUGUGUGGGAAGAUAGUGGAGACGGAGGCCUACCUAGGAAGGGAGGACAAGGCAGCACACUCGUAUAAAGGGAAAAAGACGGAUAAAAACAGCGCCAUGUUUAUGGACCCUGGGACGGCUUACGUGUACAACAUCUACGGAAUGUACUGCUGUUUUAAUGUGUCCAGUGAAGGUGAAGGUGCGGCCGUGUUACUUCGAGCCAUAGAACCCAUUCAGGGGCUGGAAAUUAUGACCCGCAACCGCAGUGCACAGCGCAAAGAAACUGCCAAGGCCCUGAAAAGCAAAGAACUGGGUAACGGCCCAUCCAAAUUCUGUCAGGCUCUAGCCAUUACCAAGAACACCAUCAACAAACAAGAUCUGGUCAGUUCUCCGGACAUUUGGAUGGUAGCCGGAGAAAAUAUUGAUGACCGUCAAGUAGUGGCCAGUAAAAGGAUUAACAUAGGGUAUGCUGAGGACUGGGUAGACAAACCUUACCGGUUUUAUGUACUCGACAAUAGUUGUGUAAGUGUCCGGGAUAAAAGUGCAGAGGCGUUACUGAGAUCAAGUUAAGGGAGAUCACUCUGUUUAGUCCCAGUAAAACUGCCUCGAUACUAUAUCUUGUAAGUAUAGACACUCAGCCUCCCUGCCUGAAAACAGAUCUUAAAUAACAAAUUAUGUUGGAAUUGGUGUUGUUGAUUGAAGAAAUUGUAAGUCAUUUCCUAAAAUUGGUUUUCACAAUAACUAUCAAGUGUCUUGACUAUCUAAUGUGGGCAUAAAUUUACAUCAGGUGCCAUACAUAAAUGGCUCAAUUCUAAGUCUUGAGUUGUUUAUAUAUAUAUAAACCUUAUUAAGAACUUUUCUUUUAAUACGCCCACCGUCUGACUUGUUCUUGUUUUUAAUUGGCAUUCCUAAUAGUAGAUUUAUUUAUGUUGUUUUUUUUACAUAUCGGUAUUUGUGUGUUUGUGAUU